AGGUGGGGCACUACACCAUCUCGGUGCUCUGAACACCUCCACAGUCCUUGGUGAAAACCUCGUUUUCAGGAUAACAUUGCAGAUGUCGGGCACAGCAAGACAUGACCGAGACAUGGUAAUACAGGCUAAAAGAAGCCUGUUGGGAGCUACUGACCCAGUCGAAAAGCUGCGAUUGUUGUGUUUAGCGAGGGGAUCUGCUGGCAUCAAAGGACUUGGAAAAGUAUUUCGAAUGAUGGAUGUCGAGAAUAGCAGAACCCUUGAUUUCGAAGAAUUUAUAAGGGGAUUAAAUGUGUACGCGAUCACACUUGACAAGGAAGAAGCACAAAAGCUUUUCCAUAUAUUUGAUAAAAAUGGCAAUGGAACAAUUGACUUCGAUGAAUUUCUUGUUACACUGAGACCUCCCAUGUCGAAUGCAAGGAAAGAAAUAAUAAUGCAAGCAUUUCAAAAAUUAGAUAAGACCGGAGAUGGUGUCAUAACAAUCGAAGACUUACGAGAGGUAUACAAUCCAAAACACCAUCCCAAAUAUUUAAAUGGAGACUGGACAGAAGAACAAGUUUUUAGAGCCUUUCUGGAUAAUUUUGAUUCACCCUAUGACAAAGAUGGGAAGGUCACAACAGAAGAAUUCAUGAACUACUAUGCAGGAGUCAGCGCUUCAAUUGAUUCGGAUAUCUACUUUAUCGUCAUGAUGAAGACUGCUUGGAAACUCUGAUAAUAUGGUUAAAGAAGCAAAACUUGACUUCCACCUUCAGGGUUUAUGACCAAGCUGUGACUUCUGGGAAGUAUAGAGCUUGUAACUUGUCCACCAGAUGAAAAUUCUCGAGAUAUCUUUGCUUUUCAGUUCUUUUUCUGAUGCUGAAUAAAGAUUGGAAACCUGUCUUUGUAGUCACACCAAUGAAGCUAUCUUGGUUUGUCUUUUGUCCUUUGCCCAUACAGUGAGGAAAUCAUGGCUGGGCUUCAUGAACGAAGAUUAGGAAAAGGUCUCUACCCACGUUUGUUACAAGUGCGCUGGUGGCUAAAAAGGCCAAUACGAGACAAGCAUGUCUGGUUGCAAAAGGCACAGCAGAAGGACUCCUUAGGUGAUAAAUUCUGCAAGGCACGAUUCUUUCUGCAUUGUCUGUUCACCUCGAGAGUGAUCCUGCAUGUGUUCUCAAAGGCAUCAGCAGCAUUAUAGAUGGUGUGUCUCCAGACCUCCUGGUUGGAGGCCAGAGUAGACCAGUUAUGUUGAUCAAUGUGGCCAAGGCUGAGGUGUUGUUUCAGGGAGUCCUUGUAUCAUCUCUUCGAGGCUCCUCUCUUGCAGCAGCCAGUGGCAAGUUCACCAUAAAGGAAGAUCUUGGGGAGGCAGUGGUCCUUCAUCCCUGAGACGUGCCCUGCCCAGCGCAGCUGCGUUCUCAGUAACAUGGCCUCAAUACUUGUGACUGCUGCUUGUUCUAGAACAGAUGUAUUGGUUACAUAAUCUGACCAGUGGAUGUUUAGGAUUGUACAGAGACAGCAUUGAUGGAAGCAUUCUAGGAGUCGCAGGUGGUGGCAGUAGAUGACCCAUGAUUCAGAUCCGUAUAAGAGAGUAAACAGCACGAUGGCUCUGUAAACACUGAUCUUGGUACUUUUCUUCAACAUGUCUAUCUCGUAUUGGCCUUAUUAGCCACCAGCGUGCUUGUAACAAAAGUGGAUAGAGCCUUCCCAAAUCUUCCUUCACAAAGCCUAGCCAUGAUGACUUUUCUUCAAGUGUUUAUUUUGCCAAACUCUUUUAUGGAGUUUUCCAAAAGCACUAUAUGCCUUUGCUAACCUGUUGUCUAUCUCUCCGUCAAUCUUACCGUCCGAGGAGAUGAGGCUACCUAGGUAAUUAAACUGCUGGAGUGAUUUGAAAUGGUGUACAUGGGAAUGGUGCAUAAUGGUGCAAUGGGGAAAUGGUGCACAAAGAAAACUGUUAAAAAAUAAACAAA